CCCCUCCCUCCGCGCACGCGCCCCGCGGCGCCCCGGCGGCGGAGCCAAGAUGGCGGCGGUGGUUCAGAAUGUGGUCAAGCUGCUGGGCGAGCAGUACUACCGCGACGCCAUGGAGCAGUGCCACAGCUACAACGCGCGGCUCUGCGCCGAGCGCAGCGUGCGCCUGCCCUUCCUGGACUCGCAGACCGGCGUGGCCCAGAGCAACUGCUACAUCUGGAUGGAGAAACGGCACCGCGGGCCCGGUUUGGCAGCCGGGCAGCUCUACUCGUACCCGGCGCGGCGCUGGCGCAAGAAACGCCGCGCCCACCCCCCGGAGGACCCCCGGCUCUCCUUCCCCUCCAUCAAACCCGACACGGAGCAGGCCCUGAAGAAGGAGGCUCUGCUGGCUCAGGACGGGAGCAGCCUCGAGGCCCUGCUCAGGACGGACCCCCUGGAGAAGAGACCCCUGCCCGACCCCCGCAUGGACGACGACAGCCUGGGCGAGUUCCCGGUGGGCAACAGCCGCGCCAGGAAGCGGAUCCUGGAGCCGGACGAUUUCCUGGACGAUUUGGACGACGAGGAUUAUGAGGAGGACACGCCCAAGAGGAGGGGCAAGGGCAAGGCCAAGGGGAAGGGCGUGGGCGGCGCGCGGAAGAAGCUGGACGCCGCCAUCCUGGAGGACAGGGACAAACCCUACGCGUGUGACAACAGUUACAAACAAAAGCAUUCCUUGAAACCUCCCGACCGAGUCUGCGGGAAGCGCUACAAGAACCGCCCGGGGCUGAGCUAUCACUACGCGCACUCGCACCUGGCCGAGGAGGAGGGCGACGACAAGGACGACUCGCAGCCGCCCACGCCGCUGUCCCAGCGCUCCGAGGAGCAGAAAUCCAAGAAGGGCCCGGACGGGCUGGCCCUGCCCAACAACUACUGCGACUUCUGCCUGGGGGACUCCAAGAUCAACAAGAAAACCGGGCAGCCCGAGGAGCUGGUGUCGUGCUCGGACUGCGGCCGCUCCGGCCACCCCUCAUGCCUGCAGUUCACCCCGGUGAUGAUGGCAGCAGUCAAGACGUAUCGCUGGCAGUGCAUCGAGUGCAAGUGCUGCAACAUCUGCGGCACCUCCGAGAACGACGACCAGCUGCUGUUCUGUGACGAUUGUGACCGCGGGUACCACAUGUACUGCCUGACCCCGCCCAUGGCCGAGCCCCCCGAGGGGAGCUGGAGCUGCCACCUCUGCCUGGACCUGCUCAAGGAGAAGGCGUCGAUUUACCAGAACCAGAACAGCUCCUGAUGCUGCCUUCAUCCCUGCUCCUCUUCCUCAUCCUCCUCUUCCUCCCUGCUCCUCCUGAUGCUGCCUU